GGUAGUUGUUAAAAAACCGAACCACCGAUCGAAAUGCUUAGAACAAUCAACACUCAAAAUUUAUUCUCUACAAAAUCCUGUAGGAUAGCUGGAGCCUGCCCCCGAUCUCUUCGCUUUCGCUACCCUUUUUCUGUAGUUGUUCUUCUUCUUUGAUAUUUAUAUACCAGGUACAAAUUUUGUAGACAGCGAUAUAUUUUUGGGGCGAACUUGAAUCCAAUUCAAUGUCCCUUUCUCCAUAAAUAUCUAUCCUAUUUUCCUAUUCUCUUUUUCCCACAACCCAAUUUGAAUUUCCCUUCCACUUUUAAUUGGAAUCUGAAGGAAACUGGUUCUAACCGUCUCAGUUCUGAUCGUUAUCCCUUCUCCAUUUCUGGGUCCUUCGUCUUUUCAGGCACCCAUCAUGGAGAAGUUUCCUUUAACUUGAGGACUUAUGUUAGCAGUCAAUAGUUUUCUUAUGUGAUGCACACAUUGUUUGACGUUGAUGAAAGUUGAAACCAAGUUUGGACUAUGACAAAGUUUCUUGUUACAAUGGAUAGUUUACCAGAAGUAUUGAUUUGGGAGAUAUUGAACAGAGUUAAGAAAACAAGUGACAGAAAUUCUUUGGCAUUGUCAUGUAAGCGCCUUCAUAGUUUGGACAAAGAAAACAGACACUUCCUUCGAGUUGGUUGUGGAUUAGACCCUGCAGAUGAAGCUUUGACAUCUCUGUGUCUUAGGUUUCCCAAUUUAGUACGAAUCGAGAUCACGUAUUCGGGUUGGAUGUCGAAACUAGGGAAGCAAUUGGAUGAUCAUGGACUUUUCAUCCUCUCCAAUCAUUGUCCAUCUCUAACUGAUCUCACCUUAAGCUAUUGCACGUUCAUCACUGAUGUUGGACUUCGGAAUUUAACUUCAUGCUACAAGCUUUCGGCUCUGAAGCUGAAUUUCACCCCAAGAAUCACUGGCUGUGGCAUAUUCUCUAUUGCUGUUGGAUGCAAAAACCUCACCGUUCUCCAUCUGAUCCGAUGUUUGAAUGUCAGCAGUGUCGAGUGGCUUGAAUACCUUGGCAAGCUUGAAACACUUGAAGAUCUCUCAAUCAGGAACUGCAGAGCAAUUGGUGAAGGUGAUCUGAUAAAGCUAGGCCAUAGCUGGCGAAAGUUGAAGCGGCUACAAUUCGAAGUUGAUGCUAACUACCGGUACAUGAAAGUUUAUGAUCGUUUAGCUGUUGAUCGCUGGCAAAAGCAGUGGAUUUCAUGUGAUGAUAUGUUGGAACUUAGCUUGGUGAACUGCAUAAUCAGUCCAGGGAGAGGACUUGCGUGUGUGUUGGGUAAGUGCAAGAACUUACAGAAAGUUCACUUAGAUAUGUGUGUUGGAGUUAGAGAUUGUGAUAUAAUAAGCUUGGCCCGAGAAUCACGAAAUCUCCGCUCCAUUUCCCUCCGAGUUCCAUCAGAUUUUUCGCUUCCAUUGCUAGCCAACAACCCUCUGAGAUUAACAGACGAGAGCUUAAAAGCCUUAGCCGAGAACUGCUCCCAUCUUGAAUCAGUCAGAAUCUCAUUUGCAGAUGGUGAAUUCCCCUCACUAUCUUCAUUUUCCCUCAAUGGGAUCCUUGUUCUAGUUCACAUGUGCCCCGUCCGAGAGCUUGCACUCGAUCACGUCUAUUCCUUCAACGAUAUGGGGUUGGAAGCUCUCUGCUCAGCCUCCUAUCUCGAAUCUCUAGAGCUUGUAAGAUGUCAAGAGAUAAGCGACGAGGGGCUGCAGCUAGUGAGCCAGUUCCCUCAGCUGCAAAACCUACGGCUGAGCAAAUGCUUGGGGAUCACUGACGACGGGCUGAAGCCGCUGGUUGAUGCAUACAAACUCAAAUCACUGAUUGUGGAAGACUGCCCUCAGAUCUCUGAGAGGGGCAUCCAUGGCGCUGCGAGAACCAUAUCGUUCAGGCAAGACCUGUCAUGGAUGUAUUGAAACUUGCUGAGUUUUCUUCUCACAUCAACAGGUGAUUGAUUUACUAUAAUUAUUGUAACAUAUAACUAGGUCCAAAUUGUGUAUAGAAAAUAAUGGACUCAUUCAUUUGUUAAGUAAUUUACUUCUGCUUCACGUUUGUCUGUCCGUCUGUUUGUGAAACUAGAAAGAGAUGGAUUGGUGUUGCUUUCA